GUUGUGCAUAGCCGCCCUCGUCAACCCGCCGCUCUCACUCUCAACUCUCAUCUACAUUCUCGACAUCUCCGUCGUCCCCAUUUGACAGCGACAAGCGAGCUUCACACACACGGCCGACUGCUCCGCUCUGCUUUGCUCUGCUCCUGCACUUGCCCCCAAACACAACAACUGGACACAACCUCCAUCGCCGUGCGACCCCGCGGCGACCAGCACCAAUGCCCUCCUCAAAGUCGUCCCUCGACAAGCGUGACGUCUACUACCGCAAGGGCAAGAGCGAUGGCUACCGCGCACGAUCGGCGUACAAGCUUCUUCAUCUCGAUGAAGAGUUCGACCUCUUCCGUGGCGUGACCACAGCUGUUGACCUCUGUGCCGCCCCCGGAUCAUGGUCUCAGGUCCUUGGACAGCGUUUGAAGCCGGGUUUCAACGCUGGUGACAACCGGGUGGUUUCCAUCGACCUCCAGCCCAUGGCCCCUCUUACCGGUCUCACUCUCCUCCAGACUGAUAUCACUCUUCCCUCGACUGUACCGCUUGUUCUCGACGCUCUCGGUGGGCGAAAGGCCGACCUCGUCAUCUGUGACGGAGCGCCUGACGUCACCGGUGUCCACGACCUCGAUGCCUACAUUCACUCCCAGCUCUUACUCGCCGCUCUCACUCUGAGUCUCACACUCCUCGCGCCUGGGGCGACUCUCAUCUUCAAGAUCUUCCUGUCACCCAACGAUCCCACGGCAGCUCUCCUUCAAUCUCAACUGAGAGCCUUCUUCCCAGCACCACCUCCAGGAUCCUCGAGCGGCGACCCGGCUAGCUUUGCCGAGAUUGAGGACGACGGCGACGACCUUGACCUUGGUCCAGAGGACGACAGCACAGCCCCCGCCGCGCUGGCCAGUACCAGUGCUCCGGGACCUGGCUUCGACUCCUUUGGUAGGAGAGGAGGAGUUUGGAUUCGCAAGCCCCGCAGCAGCCGCAAGGGCAGCGGAGAGGCCUUCGUCGUCUGCCGCAACUUCGACCCAGCUUCCCUUCCACUUCCGGCUGAGUUUACCCCGGAAUCUCUCACUGCUCUCCGGCAGCACGUCGGCGGCACGCUCACUCUGGAGUCACUUGGCUCCUUGGGCACAGAUUCUUCCUCCGCCACCACUUCCGCAGUCGCCGCCUGGCCUGCAACCAAAGGCUUUGUCGGCACUGGCAAUCUGAACAGCGGCAGCUCUCUCUCCGGUCGUAAGACUCGGCAGGCUCUCAGUUUGGACGUUUCUGGCGGCCCCCAUCAACGCGAUCAUUCGCUGGGCAGCAUCGAAGGUGCCCCGAGUCCCGUGGAAGCACACCACAACCUUUUCCCAUCAACGGACCAAUCUCCUGGUCUCGUGCAGCCCAAACCAGUUGCAGCGGUGGACCGCGUGCGUCAGCGGGCAACCUCUGAAUUUGCCCAAAGUACUCCGAGCUCGGCUUUGGAUACAUCAGGCAUGAACACCCCGGCCGUGUCGACUCCUAUCCCAUUGCCUUCACCAGUGCCAGGCUUUGCGCGUGACCAUCCAUUUCGGGAUCACACGUUUCGGAGCUCUCAAGACCAUGGCUUUGAGCCAGGUGUUCGCCAGAUGCGCGAUCUCUCAAGCGACGGCUUUCACGAGGGCUCUUCGCUUGGGUACAACGAUCUGGCGGCCUACUCGCAAGGCCUCAGCCCCACAAGCCUCUCCUCCCUUCAUGGUACAUCGCCCCUUUCAGCUACAGGCUGGACAGCACGGGAGAGAGACAUUGUUGCGUCAAUGCCGCAAGGCGAUGGGGCUGUGUCGCCGACGUUGAGUUCAUCCUCGAAGACGGACGCCUUUUUCUCAACUUCUCAACGCGACUCGCUUCCAGUCCCUCCCAGACCUCUCCCAGGCUCGGCCAGUUUGGGGCGUGCAAAUUCCCUGGGCCGAGGACCUGCCCCCGCCCGCGCCCGUGUUGUGACUACACCAGCAGGCCCGGGAGACAACAUCUCGUCAACAUCGCCGACUUUCACGCAGCCUACUGGUCUGCGCUCAGUCACCGGCCCCCAACCACCACAGCCUUCCACUCCUCCACCGGCGUUUCCCAUCACGUCGACUAUUCAAGUCACCUCUCCCGACCCCAUCGGCGCGACCCUUCCUGUCAUGUCGCCGCCAAGGGGUGCUCAGGCCAAUCUCCCUGUGACACCAUCGCCGCUUUCGCCGAAGAGGUCCAUGGGCACUUUCCAUCCAACAGGUGGUGAUACCAGCCGUCGCGGCGUUUCUCCCCGGCCUACGAUCCGCCAGCCGCGGCCUGACAGCUACAUUGCGCGUGAGGUGCACCACGCCGAACCUGGCGAAGUCGCCGUCAAAGCUGGAGAUGUCUUGAGCCCUGUGGCCGACGACAGCUUUCCCGUGCGUUCGUCGGAGGCCCCCGGCUCGUGGCGCCUGCGUAGUCUGCUGGGGCAGGGUGCUUUCGCGAGCGUCUGGUCUGGCGACGCAGAAGGAGACGGCGAGACUCCUCGAGGCACAGUUGCUGCCGUCAAGCUAGUGGACCGCGGCGCGUGCACCCGCAACUCGAGAACCGCCAUUGCCUUCUACAGAGAGGUCGAGGUUCUCCGGCACCUCGUCCACCCCGGCAUCGUUGGGUACUACUGCCACUUCUCGACUGAUACGCACCACUGCCUGGUGCUGGAGCGCCUUUCUGGCGGUGAACUGUUCUCCCUCGUUGAGGAUGAGCGAAACCGUUCACGAAUGCUGCGUGCUGGGCCCGACGACCCCGAGGGCUUCGGUCUCGUCAGGAGGAUUUUCGGCGAGCUGGCCCGUGCAGUGUCCUGGCUGCAUGAAGUCGAGGUCGUUCAUCGAGACAUCAAACUUGAGAACAUUCUCCUUACCGUGAAUCCGUUCUCGCUUCCGCCAACAGCCACUGGUUCGAUCCCCCUGGAUCGUCUCCCCGUGCCUCUUGUCAAGCUCACAGACUUUGGCCUGUCGAGAUUCAUCCGCGCUGAUUCGCCACUCUUGACUACCAGAUGUGGAAGCGAGGCGUUUGCUGCCCCCGAGGUCAUCAUGGGCAACCUCUACGACGGUCGCCGUACGGACGCAUGGGCCCUCGGUGUUGUUCUUUACGCCCUGGUGGCCGGUGAGCUGCCGUUCGACGCAGAUGCUCCUCUUCCACCUGGUCGAGCUCGUGCUGGAUCAACUGCCUCUACCGCGUCCACUUCAGCAUCGGAGAACGCUCGUGAGAACAGGCGACGUACAAUGCACCGCAUUGCCAAGGGAGAGUAUGCCUGGCGCGACGGAGUUGGCACUCCGGCGCUUCAUCGCCUUGUUGCCAGACUCCUUGUUCGCGAUCCUUCCCGCCGAUCGCGCGUCGCUGAGCUCUGGCAGGAGGAGUGGAUGUCGACUGGGCCUGGGGCUGUGCCGCCGCCUCACGAGCCAAUGCCUUCGAAGGCAGCCCCUUCAAGCUCGGCCCAGGCUGGAAGUGAAGACCUCCUUCAGGAAGUCGUUCCCGACAUCCCGCGCCGUGCCAGCGAUGCACCGCACGUUGUGGUUCAACAUGGCCUUUUGGUCGACCACGAGAGAAUCGACGAUGUCGCCAGGCAGGACGUGAGCGCCAACCAAGCGUACGAUCAGUAGGGCUGGCUACAGACAUUGAAGUAGCGAAGAAGAAGUUAUCAUUGAUCUGGAGUUCAUCCAUAGCAUAAUCAGUAAUGUCAUACAGUAUGCACAACCAUUUUCACAACA